AUGGAGAUGCAGCUGAUGGUGCUGGGAACCAUGGGAGGUUCCAGCGGGAUCCCUAAUCAGCGGGACCCCGAAUCUGGGCCUCUUCCUUCGCCUGCCGGGUUCCGCAUUGGCCGCUCUGCCUGGGGUGACACGUUGAUGGCAGAGCUGGCCCUGAGGUUGGGCUACUCACCCACGGACUGUCCGGACUGGGCUGACGAAGCCGCCCCGGUCCCUGACGAGGUUCGGCGCAAUGGCUGGCUUUUGCCGGAGUCCGACGCCGGGUGCGCGGGUGUCGGUGCUGUCUCCAUGUCCAGGGAGAGGUCUCUGAGCGGGUUUGGUGUCUUUGCCCAGGAAGUAAAGUGUGUCCGGCCCUUUGGCGACCUGCAUGUCGACGGGUGUGACAUCACAGGUGCUGUUUGGGUACCUGUGAUCUCUCCGAACGUUUUGGGGGAUUACCCAGGGCCACCUGGAGCCUUGAGCACAGACAAGGCCUUCGUGGCUCCACUGCAGAAAUGCAACUGAACGUUGAUUUCUGAAUCUUCCCCGAUGACCUCUGAAGAGACGUCCCAGGAAGUCACAGCAAGGGUGACCUCUCACCCUUCCUUCUCAGAACUGCUAAUGAUGACCCUCAGUGACCCGAACCCCAAUCCUGGCCCAACUACCCCUGUCCCUGUCCCAGAGGGGCUGCUCUACCAGCGGUACACAGAUGAGAAAACCCUGCGCCAGAGGCAGUGGAAAAGGCCCACAUCCCCUCAGAGGAAGAGAACACUUCUCGGACAAGUUCAGUGGAGACUCCUGGACAGAAUCUCUUCCUCUGGCGAUAGAGAUCAGGAUAGAUUUCGGUGUGACUGUGCAUACUGCCAGAACUGGGGAUGGAAGGUUUGUGGUAUUCCUGCGGUGGUGGGGGGGGGGGGGAGGGGCAAGUCCUUCCUCCCGGGAGAACCUUGCACACGCCUCAGUGGCUUGAGCCUCCACCUGGGUGCUGAUCUGCCACCCUCUCUGCCGCAUGGGGAGUUCCAACAGCAGCAGCAGGGAGAGGAGAAGCUCCAACUGGAGAGGCGGCAGGAAAGCAAGAGGCCGUUUUGGAAGCUCUGAAAACAGUGGUUCAAAGAAAGCUGA